UCUAGUUUAAAGGAAGCCCAAACCGCGCUCACUAGGACCAUCGUCGUCUUUAUCAUGCAAAACGUGUUUAGUGCGACUGGCGACCAUUCGGCAGAAUGAAGACUUCCUAUCGCGUAUUGCUGGUUGUCGCCCCGAUUAUCUUUGCUUUAUUAUAUGGCGUCCUGAUAUCUCAAAAAUCUAGCAAAGAUACCGGUCUCAUUCAUGGUAAGGUAGCGUUUGUCACAGGUGGUACACAGGGUAUAGGGCACGCCAUAGCGGACGCGCUGCUGAAAAAGGGCGCAAAGGUUGUAAUAGCGGCACGAGAUUCUGAUCGAGGAAAAGAAGUCGAAGUAGAUUUUGCGAAAUUGUACGGCGAAGAAAAUGUAUUAUUUACAAAAUGCGACGUAACUCUGACAGAUAGCGUUGAAAAUGCAAUUAAAAAUACGGUGGACAGGUAUGGCCGUAUUGACAUUGUUGGUAACAAUGUUGGGAUUCUCAAUGAGAAAGAUUACGAAUACUGCAUCAACGUCAACCUGUUGGGCAUCAUACGAGUCGCCAACACGGCCAUGAAAUACAUGAGGAAAGACAGAGGAGGAAACGGAGGAGUUAUUAUAAACUCAGCUUCCAUGGCAGGCUUGGAUCCCAAUGACAACAGUCCCGUCUACAGUGCUUCUAAAGCUGGCAUCGUAGGGUUCACCAGAGCAUGGGGGUACAGUCUAGACUAUGAUGACCAUCUGGUACGGAUGAACUGUCUAUGUCCAGACAUGACGGACACGCCCUUCAUCCGGUCACUGAACCUGGAGACCCUGAAGGAGAAGGGGGUUCUUCAGCCAGAGCUCUUCGCCGAGGACCUGCCCCAUAUUAAGUCUAUAAACCCCGCCACUGUGGCCAAUGCAUUCAUUGACCUGGUCGAGGACGAGAGCAAGAACGGGGCCGCGUUACUGGUGGAGUCAGAUACUAAGGUCCGAUAUGGGGAAUUCAUGGAAUAUUAACGCCAAUGUCGACUGCACCGCCGGCAUUAUUUAACACUGCCGCCCUACAAUCAAAAGUUGUUUUCGAGGUGCAAUACACAGUUCAUGUUUUGUACAGUGUUACAAGAGGCAACAUGGACGAUUUUGACCGGCGUACGCCAAGUUUGGCAAUACGCACAAAUUCACGAGAUCUAACUGUACUCUCCAUCAGAGAAACGUUUGUUACUAAUGAGUGUGCACCAUGCAGUUGACCUUUCGCAAUCACUAGAUUAUUCAGAGCAAUUUUUUAAAGUUUUC